GAGCUGCUGCUUUCUCGGCGGCGGCCAGCUCGGUCCCCGCCGCAGUCGGUCGUGUACGGGAGCGCGUUGGGGCCAAAAAUCCUCCCGUCUUGUUCAGGUUCUGCUUUGCACUCUGUCCCGGGGGCGGAGAGUGUAGGUGUCUCCACGGCGCCGAACACGCGCCGCGACCGCUGCCGGGAUGUUGCGAUGGCUGAUCGGGGGAGGCCGAGAACCCCAAGGCCUGGCUGAGAAAUCUCCUUUACAGACCAUCGGUGAGGAACAAUCCCAGAACCCCUAUACUGAACUGCUUGUACUAAAAGCUCAUCAUGAUAUUGUUCGAUUUCUGGUCCAGUUAGAUGACUACAGAUUUGCAUCUGCUGGUGAUGAUGGAAUUGUAGUUGUGUGGAAUGCACAGACAGGAGAAAAACUUUUGGAGCUCAAAGGACACACUCAAAAGAUAACAGCUAUUAUUACGUUCCCUUCCUUAGAAGCUUGUACAGAAAAAAAUCAGCUGAUCUUGACAGCCUCUGCUGAUAGAACAAUCUAGGUUUGGGAUUGUGAUUCUGGCAGACAAGUUCAACAAGUAUCAUGCUUCCAGUCCACUGUAAAGUGUUUAACUGUUCUUCAGAGACUAGAUGUUUGGCUCUCUGGUGGGAAUGACUUGUGUGUGUGGAACCGAAAAUUCGAUCUCCUGUGUAAGACUAGUCACCUUUCUGAUACAGGAAUCAGUGCUUUGAUAGAAAUACCUAAGAACUGUGUUGUUGCAGCAGUUGGCAGGGAACUGAUAAUUUUUAGGUUGGUAGCACCCACAGAAGAAUCACAAGAAUGGAAUAUCCUUGAAGUUCAGCGUCUCCUUGAUCACCAGGAUAUUAUUCUUUCAUUGGUUAAUGUCAAUGAUUUGAGUUUUGUAACCGGCUCCCUUAUUGGAGAACUGAUCAUUUGGGAUAUCCUGGACUGGACUGUACAGGCUUGUGAGCGCAACUUCUGGGAUCCGUCUCCACAGCUAGACAGUCAACAAGAAAUAAAACUCUGUCAAAAAACAAAUGACAUUUCUAUUCAUCACUUCACCUGGGAUGAAGAGAAUGUGUUUGCUGCAGUUGGACGGGGCUUAUACGUGUAUAACCUUCCAAUGAAGUGUGUGAUUGCCUGCCAGAAAACUGCACAUGACUCAAAUGUCUUGCACAUCGCCAAACUGCCCAACAGGCAGUUGGUCUCCUGCUCAGAAGAUGGCAGUGUGCGCAUUUGGGAGUUACGAGAAAAGCAGCAGCUUGCAACUGAGCCUGUACCAACAGGAUUUUUUAACAUGUGGGGAUUUGGAAGAGUGAAUAAACAAGCCAGCCAACCUGUUAAAAAGCAAGAAAAUACCACUUCAUGUUCAUUGGUGCUUAUUGGAGAUUUGAUCGGACACUCAUCAUCUGUAGAGAUGUUUCUCUACUUUGAAGAUCAUGGACUCGUGACAUGCUCUGCUGAUCAUCUCAUUAUUUUGUGGAAAAAUGGGGAACGAGAAUCUGGUCUGCGCAGUCUGAAAUUAUUUCAGAAACUAGAAGAAAAUGGUGACUUAUAUUCUGCUGCAUAGUUUAAAGAACUGAAACUACCUAUGCAUGAACUGUGAACAUUAAAUGUA